UAUUAUGUUUGUCUGUAAACUAGAAGAAGAAGGGCAGUUGAUUUUGUUCUCCAACAGACUCAACUCUAGUCAUGGCAAACGAGUGAAGUUGUCAUUACCCAAAAACAAAAAGACCAAGUAGAAGCUACAAAUGUGCCUUUGCCUUGCAAAACCAAAUCCAUCCAGAUAUUACGUUUAGAUUAGGUCCAGAGUCCACCUCACAGCGAUAAAUGUGAAAUAUUAUCCGCAUUUAAACGUGUUCUGUAUCUCUAUUAUGAUGGAUUUUUUACUCCUUUCAAUUUGUUUCUCUUUCUACAACCGAACAAACUAACGACUCCAUAGCCCUUCACUCUCUCACUUAGUUUCACCUAAUACCCCCCUCUUUCGCCUUUCUCUUCGCUCCAUCAAAAUACCCAUCUCAACCAAUAACACAGACGAUUUUUCUUUCCAGAAGAAAAAAUAAAUAAACGCAUUCUCAUGGAUGCCAUUGAGGUUGAAUCUGAAGAACCCAAAAUAUCAGAAACUGUUCCUUCACCUAAAAAGACUCGUCUCAACAUAUAUGCUUUUGGUUGUGCGCUCUUGGCUUCCACUAAUUCUAUAUUGUUAGGCUACGAUAUUGGUGUGAUGAGUGGUGCUGUACUAUUCAUCAGAGAGAACUUGAAAAUCACAUCAACACAAGUAGAGAUUUUGGUGGGUAUACUAAAUGUAUGUUCACUUAUCGGCUCAUUAGCUUCAGGAAAAACAUCAGAUUACAUAGGCAGGCGUUACACGAUAGUCUUAGCCGCUGCAACAUUUCUAAUAGGCGCACUUCUAAUGGGUUUAGCGCCAUCUUAUCCCUUUCUCGUGGCCGGUCGCGUUGUCGCCGGCAUCGGUGUCGGUUACUCCCUUAUGAUUGCACCUGUCUACUCUGCGGAGCUCUCUCCUGCAAUGACCCGUGGCUUCCUUACUUCUCUCCCUGAAGUUUUCAUAGUUUUUGGCAUUCUUUUAGGCUACAUACUAAACUAUGCAUUGUCAGGUCUUCCAAUACACAUUAACUGGAGGGUAAUGUUAGGUCUUGCGGCUAUCCCUUCUAUACUAAUUGGUGUUGGGGUUAUAGCGAUGCCAGAGUCGCCACGUUGGCUUGUAAUCCAAGGUAGAGUAGAUGAGGCAAAAAGGGUUUUGGUUAAAGUAUCGGAUAGCACAGAAGAAGCUGAGUCUAGACUUGCUGAAAUAACACAAGCAGCUUCUAGUUUAGGCAACAGAGAAGAAGGUUCAGGUUCUUCAAGUUGGCAUGGACAAGGUGUUUGGAAAGAGCUUUUAUUGAGGCCAUCUAGGCCGGUUCGCAGAAUGCUUGUAGCAGCUAUAGGUAUUAACUUUUUUAUGCAAGCUUCAGGUAAUGAUGCUGUCAUAUAUUACUGUCCUGAAGUAUUCAAGGCAGCAGGAAUUCACAAGAAGAAAGUGUUAUUUGGUGUUAAUGUGAUAAUGGGCCUCUCCAAGACUUUCUUUGUUUUGGUAUCUGCUCUUUAUCUUGAUCGAUUCGGAAGACGGCCACUUUUGUUGUUGGGCACCUCUGGCAUGGCGGUUUCGCUGGUCGCCUUGGGCUCGGGGUCUAAGUUUCUUGAGAAUCCUGACCACAGACCUCUCUGGGCUAUCGUCAUGUGUAUAGUGGCCGUUUGUGCAUUUGUUUCUUGCUUCUCUAUUGGGCUCGGACCUAUCACAUGGGUUUAUUCUUCCGAAAUAUUUCCCUUGAGGCUACGGGCUCAAGGCUCCGGCUUGGCCAUAUCAGUGAACCGGUUGGUGAGUGGGGUGGUGUCAAUGACGUUUUUGACCUUAGCCAAGAAAAUCACUUUUGGGGGUGUGUUUUUUGUGCUUGCUGGAAUAAUGGUGGUUGGUACACUAUUCUUUUAUGUGUAUAUGCCGGAGACGAAAGGCAAGACUUUAGAAGAGAUUGGGUCUCUCUUUGAGGACAAAGCUGGAUGCAGUGAAGCUGGUGACAAUGGAAGGGAAAUGAGAGAAAGGUAAUGUGGUGUGAUUAAAAGGCUUUAAGCAUAUGUAAUUAGCAAUGAUGUGUGUGUUUAAAGACUUUUAAGCAUAUGUAAUUAGUAUUCUACACAUUUUCUUACUUUGUUGUUACCAGGCCAUGUAUAAGGUUAAAAGCCCUAAUCAAUCCCAACCAAGUAAAGUAAAAUUCAGGCCCUAUGGCUAGCAAUUAUGGUCGAAUA